CGUGCUCUCGAGCUCAGAGAGAGGAACGGAGCGAGCGAGGACAGCGAAAGUCUCCAUCGCGCGAGCAUUUAAUAGAGUUGUGUGCAUUUGAAUGUAUUGAAGAUUAACGUCAGAUGGACUCGGUGAAAGGAAGAAAUAUGAGUAGCAAGACUCUGUAAGAAAACAGAGGUUUGCAGGACCGGAGAGAAGUUUACAAAGGAACGUCUUCUGAUAAGCCUCCAAGUCAAGUCAAGAGCGCGCGCGAUGAAGUUCGAUGUGGGAUUUGUGUAAUCGUCACGUUAAGUUGAUGUGAAGAAGAAGAAGAAGAAGAAGAAGAAGAAGAAGCAGAAGAAGAACCACCAACACUUUUUGGUCUCAUAAAUGAUAUUUAAGACAAUGACUUUAAGAAUGGAAUUCAAUUGUAAAAACAACUCCCAUGAAUAAUGUGGAUUUCUACGCUAAAGGUAUUUCUUUCUCCUUUUGUUUAUGAUAAAAGGAGGUUUUGACGGAUAUAUUUUUUGCCAUCUUUUGCUGUGUUGUCGGUGGACCAAAUCAAAAUACCGCGCAUAUUUUUCCAGCUUGAAUAAUUCAUGAAAUAGUGCGUGCUUUCAAGGCUUGGAAAAAAGUUACGACAAUACGGGGAGGGGGAAUAAUAAGUAGAAUUGUUCAAAGUGGUGAGGGGGGAUGGCCACAGCGGCUUCCAAUCCUUACCUGGCCAGCAAUAGCAUUCUCUCAUCAGCCUCGAUCGUGCACUCGGAGUCCGGAGGUGGUGGCAUGCAGCCGGGAAGUGGUGUCGUAACAUCGGUGUCGGGAGGUUACAGAGGAGACCCCACGGUCAAGAUGGUGCAGAGCGACUUCAUGCAAGGAGCCAUGACGGCCAGUAACGGGGGGCACAUGCUGAGCCAUGCCCAUCAGUGGGUUACCUCGCUGCCACAUGCGGCUGCCGCAGCAGCCGCCGCCGCAGCCGCUGCAGCGGCAGAAGCAGGCUCGCCUUGGUCCUCCAGCCCAGUUGGCAUGGCCGGUAGCCCACAGCAACAAGACGUGAAGAGCAGUUCAAACAGGGAAGACCUACACUCGGGCACCGCGUUGCACCACAGACCCUCGCAUUUAGGGGCUCACCAGUCGCACCAAAGCGCAUGGGGUGGCACCACAGCCUCCCACAUCUCCACCAUCACCGGAGGACAGCAGCAGUCCCAGCAGUCUCUCAUUUAUUCCCAGCCGGGUGGUUUCACAGUCAACGGGAUGUUGAACCCUCCCGGGAGUUUAGUCCACCCGGGGCUGAUGCGAGGAGACUCUCCAGAAAUGGAUCACCAUCAUCACCACCAUCAUCAUCAACAGCAGCACCCUCAUCACCACCACCACCAGCACCACGCCGGAGUGAACAGCCACGAUUCGCACUCAGACGAGGACACGCCGACCUCCGACGACCUGGAACAGUUUGCCAAACAGUUUAAGCAGCGUCGGAUCAAACUGGGGUUUACUCAAGCCGACGUCGGGUUAGCACUAGGAACUCUUUACGGAAAUGUUUUCUCUCAGACCACCAUUUGCAGGUUCGAGGCUCUCCAGCUGAGCUUUAAAAACAUGUGCAAACUCAAGCCACUGCUGAACAAGUGGCUGGAAGAGGCCGACUCGACCACGGGCAGCCCCACCAGCAUUGACAAAAUAGCAGCUCAAGGCAGGAAACGAAAGAAGCGCACCUCCAUCGAGGUGAGCGUGAAGGGAGCCUUGGAAAGCCAUUUUUUGAAAUGCCCAAAACCGUCAGCGCAGGAGAUUUCUUCUCUGGCGGACAACCUCCAGCUGGAAAAGGAGGUGGUUCGGGUUUGGUUCUGCAACCGAAGGCAGAAGGAGAAGAGGAUGACGCCGCCCGGAGUUCCUCAGACGCCCGAGGACGUGUACACCCAUGCCGGCAACGGGAGUUUUGUGGUAGAUUACUUAAAAGGUGCAAGUUUGAAAGAUGAACCGGACAGCAACCACAACGUGACAACUACGAGCUCCUAUGGCCAGGAGAUUCUGGUGCACUGACACCGAAAUCAUAACCAGCCCAAAGCCAACAUAGACUUUAUGGAUUGAAAUGACAAAAUAACUCCCAAGGACAUGGAUCAAUGCAGAUAAACAUUAAAUAUUAAACAGUGGAAGAAUUUACCCCACGUAUCAAUUUUACGCACAGGAAUUAUAUUACUCAUUUUAACACAACGGAAUUGUCUUGUCUACUCUUGGAGCAUUAUGUGCAACAAACUACACCUUUUCUAAUUCAUAGUAUUUUUGUGGACCACACUUCUGUGAAUAGCUUUUACACAGAGAAAACUCUUAAGAAAAAAAUUAAGGAAAAAGACAAAAAAAAAAAAAAAAAAAAAAGAUUGAUUACUCUCAAGCUGCACUUAUUUUCCAAUUUCAGCCGACCCCUUGUAAACACUUUUUGUUGUUUGGCUGAAUCAUCGUGGAUAUUGCCCUCUCUUCACUGCUUUUUCCAGGCAGAAUUUUUUUGGUGGGUUUUGAUAACGAGUCUGUGUAAAUUUGGCAAUAUGAAUUCUCUGUGUUGAUUUAAAUGAUUUGCUUUAUAUUUUUCACUAAAUCGAUUUCAAAUAUUUUCAGGAGCAAUGACAGAUUUGUUGCGCGCUGUGAUGACUUUCAACCUAGUAGCAUCUCUUGUAGGCCUUCCCCCUGCCAUUUUAAAUAUUGAUUAUAUUUUAUACUGUUAGUAUUACACUUGUUAUUAUAUACAGAUAUUGUACACAGACACAUUGACGAAGCUGAAACAAACCGUUGUCAAACCGUUUCCCCCGUGGUUGUUAUUUAAGUUCAGUACUGACUCAGCGAGAAGUGAAUGAGAACAAUAAAUCUUGAUAGCUUUCAGAUGCAUCGGUGCAACUUUUUUCUUUUUCUUUCUUUCUUGCUUUCUUUCGCAAUUUGCUUAAAUAUUAAAACUAAAUUCUAAAUGAAAACUCAUUUCUGAUAUUUGUUUGAUUUGCUUUGUCUAGAUAAAUUCUGAGACAGUUUCUGACAUGUAUACAAAGGUCAUUUAGAAGUCUUUCUCAAUAUCCUGACCCUUGGCCUAAAAUGGGAGUCAGAGAACUUCCCAAAUGUUUUCACUUUGCAUUGUCAUAUUUCCUUGUCUUAUUUUCCUUUCUGUUUGCCUUUUUUUCUGUACUGUAUGUUUUCGUGUCAUUUUAAAGAAAUCAUAACAUGUAAUUGUCUAUUUAAUAUCUAUAGCCUAUCUGCUGUAUUAACGGCGUUUAUCAAGUAAAGAUAAGCUUCACGUCGUCGUUCCAAAAACAAAUAAUGUAAUACAUUUUACAUUUGAUUAUAAAACUUUUUUCCGUCAAUGACUUACAGAUUUUCUAAGACUCCAAAUAAUAUUUUCGUAUUUUACCCAUUAUAUGCCAUCUGACAUCCACUAUGCUGAUUUAGAUUAUUUUCUCUUCAACUGAAUAUAAAUUAUCAAAACAUUCAGAGGCCUUCUUGGUUCAAAAAACACUGAAAUGGCUCUAGUUAUAAAUCAUAUUAUAAAUCAUGAUAGCAUCAAAGUGACAUGGAAAUGUGCUACAGUAUUCAGAAUACGCUUUAUCUCUCGCCCUCAUUAAAUCAGGGUAAUAAUUUCCAUAUUUUCUUUACAUGCAGUAAUGUCCCACUAGAAUGCUGUGGAAGUUUCUUUUUAUUUAUUUUUUUACUUGCUUUAAAUUUAACACAUAAAUCGUUACCAGCGACGUGAUAUUUGCCUCAGCUCAUUUUUAUUUGUACUAUUUUAUGAAAACAUAAUUUAAUUGUUUAGUCCAAGUCAUUUCAGUAAAUAUGAACUCAAUAAAACAACUGCAAUAUCUUAGCAUAAAACAAACUGCAAAAUUGCAUUCAUUGUAACUCAAAUACAUCACAUUAAAUUGGCGUGCCUUCAGCAAACAGUUGAUUUAUUUGCCUUUUUUUUUUUUUUUUUUUGAGAACAGCCAUUUCGCAAAAUUCUUCUUCUUUUUUCGAAUUUAAAUUUGAAAAAGCACGAGCGUCCCGCUCAGCGAGUGACGUAAUUUGGAAUCCAUUCCGUGCACGCUCUAAAGCAGUAGUGAAUUUGUAUGCAUGGAAAUUCGUAUGCUUGCCACGUAGCUCUCUGAGUGCAAAAGGGCCUAGAUCCUUCCAUCAGAUUGCAAUGUAAAAGCGUGCAAAAAGGAUUGUGUGACUGAAUUGCCUUUUUCUGUAAACCGACCGUUACUACUGGGGAAUAGCACAACUGUUGGCCCUUAAUUUUCAUCAAGGCAAGUUUGGCAAUUUCUCUCAUUUGUAUUAAUUUCUGCAAUGUUUGAAAUAGAGCUGGCUUUGCACUCUUAAGGCGCAACACUAACCUUCCAGCUGAACGACGCUUCUGUUGAGACUUGAGAGUGCAGCUGAUUUUUUUUUCUGAAGAACUUUUGUGUGGUAGUGACUAUUCAGCCAAACACACGGUCCUUCUCUUGAAGAUUUAAAUUUCGCGGAUGAUUUACCGUACAUCCGUUGCGUGGCAACGAAAUUCAACCUGUGGUUAUAAGCACGCGCCCCACCCAUCAUGCAAUAUACUCAAUGUUAAUAGCAUCGCUCACACACCCAGAAUAACUGAGUUGUAAAGCUUUAUGUCUAAAAUGCUGUCUAAAAUGCACUUUUACUGAAUGAAAAUAAAACUUUGAUUAUAUUAUUA